AUGAUCAGCAAGGUAGGGGACCCAUUUGAAUUUGGCCGCCUUUACGACUUGAAAGUCCAAGUCCUGCCAACAGAAAAAUCAUCUGUUGUCCGGGUUCUGCAGAACCAAUCCUUCCCCGUAACCCUUAACGCCGGCUCUAGUGUCCUUCUCCUGACUCAGACGCAGGUCGAUGUAAAGUUAGGGAUUCGAAACGGGAAGCAAGGGAACGCCCGACAACAAUCGGACGAUCUCAUAGAAGAUCUAGAGGCGGAGCUGGGCAACUCGCAUGUGGGGUAUAUCGAAGUGCGGCUAUCGUAUCGUCACUCGGCCUUUCCCACGUCUAGGGGCAUCGACAUCCAAGCCGAAGGCAUGCUCAGCAUACAAAGCAAAGUUGAGACAGUGGCCAUGGCUUCUGUGAAACUCCACAACACGAUGUCACCGUGGUCUCCUCCUCCUCCAGAGCCGACGCCGAACCCACUGUUGCCGCUAAUCGAGAGACACUAG